AUGGGGCAGCCACUAGCCUGCCUGGUGGCCCUGUGCCUGGCCCUGACUUCAGCCGGGGGCUCAGAGCUACAGAGAGAGGGCAGAGCCCGAAACCAUGGCGACAACGUCUGCAGCACCUGGGGCGACUUCCACUACAAGACCUUCGAUGGCGAUGUCUUCCGCUUCCCCGGCCUCUGCGACUACAACCUGGCCUCCGACUGCCGGGACUCCUACAAGGAGUUUGCCGUGCACAUCAAGAGGGGCCCCGGCCGCAGUGGGGGCCACCCCCAGGUCGAGUACAUCCUGCUGACCAUCAAGGACGACACUGUCUACCUCACCGGCCAGCUGGUGGUGGUGAACGGGGCCCUGGUCAGCACCCCGCACUACCGCUCCGGGCUGCUCAUCGAGAAGACAGACACCUACACCAAGGUCUUCUCCCGGGCCGGCCUCACCCUCAUGUGGAACCGGGAGGAUUCGCUCAUGCUGGAGCUGGACAGUAGGUUCCGGAACCACACCUGCGGCCUCUGCGGCGACUACAACGGCCUGCAGACCUACUCAGAGUUCCUCCAUGACGGCGUGCCCUUCAGUGCCAUCCAGUUCGGAAACAUGCAGAAGAUUAACAAGCCCGAGGCCGUGUGUGACGACCCAGAGGAGGUGGCGGCUGCCCAGUCCUGCUCUGAGCACCGUGCCGAGUGCGAGAGGCUGCUGACGGCCAAGGCCUUCGAGGAGUGCCUGGGCCUGGUGCCGCUGGAGCCCUAUGUGCAGGCCUGCGCCCAGGACCGCUGCCAGUGCCCGCCGGGUGCCUCCUGCGUGUGCAGCACCCUUGCCGAGUUCUCCCGCCAGUGCUCCCACGCCGGGGGGCGGCCCGGGAACUGGAGGACAGCCUCGCUCUGCCCCAAGACCUGCCCUGGAAACAUGGUUUACCUGGAGAGCGGCUCGCCCUGCAUGGACACCUGCUCCCACCUGGAGGUCAGCAACCUGUGUGAGGAGCACCGCAUGGACGGCUGCUUCUGCCCAGAAGGUACCGUGUACGAUGACCUCAGGGGCAGCGGCUGUGUCCCCGUGAGCCAGUGCCACUGCAAGCUAAACGGUCACCUGUACGCACCUGGCCAGCAGGUCAGCAACGACUGCGAGCACUGCACCUGCCACGCCGGCCGCUGGGUGUGCAAAGACCUGCCCUGUCCGGGGACCUGCGCCCUGGAGGGCGGCUCCCACAUCACCACCUUCGACGGAAAGAAAUACACCUUCCACGGGGCCUGCUACUACGUGCUGACCAAGGGCGACCACAACGACACCUAUGCCCUCCUGGGAGAGCUGGCCCCCUGUGGCGCCACCGACAAGCAGACCUGCCUGAAGACAGUGGUGCUGCUGGCAGACAAGCAGAAGAACGUGGUGGUCUUCAGGUCCGACGGGAGCGUGCUGCUGAAUGAGCUGCAGGUGAACCUGCCCCACGUGACAGCAAGCUUCUCCAUCUUCCGACCAUCCUCCUACCACCUGGUGGUGAGCACGGCCUUUGGCCUCCGGCUGCAGAUCCAGCUGAUGCCAGUCAUGCAGCUGUUCCUGACCCUGGACCAGGCCGCCCAGGGCCGCGUGCAGGGCCUCUGCGGGAACUUCAACGGCCAGGAAGGUGACGACUUCAAGACAGCAGGUGGGCUGGUGGAGGCCACCGGGGCCAGCUUCGCCAACACCUGGAAGGCCCAGUCGAGCUGCCAGGACAAGCUGGACUGGCUGGACGACCCUUGUUCCCUCAACAUCGAGACCAACUAUGCUGAGCACUGGUGUUCCCUACUGAAGAGGAAGGGGUCCCCCUUCAGCAGGUGCCACUCCGCUGUGGACCCGGCCGAGUAUUACAAGAGGUGCAGAUACGACACCUGCAACUGCCAGAACACGGAGGACUGCAUGUGCGCCGCCCUGUCCUCCUACGCCCGCGCCUGCGCCGCCAAGGGCGUCACGCUGUGGGGCUGGCGAGAGCUCGUCUGCAACAAGGACGUGGGCUCCUGCCCCCAGUCGCAGAUCUUCCUGUACAACCUGACCGCCUGCCAGCAGACCUGCCGCGCGCUCUCCGAGGCCGACGCCCACUGUCCCAAGGGCUUCGCGCCCGUGGACGGCUGCGGCUGCCCUGACCACACCUUCCUGGACGAGAAGGGCCGAUGCGUGCCCCUGGCCAAGUGCUCCUGCUACCACCACGGCCUCUACGUGGAGGCAGGCAGUGUGGUCACCUGGCAGGAGCAGCUGUGCGUCUGCCGCAACGGGAGGCUGCACUGCAACCAGGUCAGGGCCAGGCUGAUUGGCCAGAGCUGCUCGGCCCCGAAGAUUCACAUCGACUGCAGCAACCUGACCGCCCUGGCCAUCCGGAAGCCCCGCCCCGUCAGCUGCCAGACGCUGGCCGCCGGCUCCUACCAGACGGAGUGCAUCAGCGGGUGCGUGUGCCCUGAGGGGCAGAUGGAUGACGGCCGCGGGGGCUGUGUCACGGAGGAUGAGUGUCCGUGUGUGCACAACCAGGACCUGUACAACCCCGGGGACAAGAUCACAGUGGACUGCAACACCUGCACCUGCCAGAAAGGGCGCUGGGCCUGCACCCACAACAUGUGCCACGGCACCUGCACCGUCUACGGGAGCGGUCACUACAUCACCUUCGAUGGGAAGUUCUAUGACUUCGAUGGGCACUGCUCCUACGUUGUCGCUCAGGACUACUGCGGCCAAAACUCCUCACUGGGCUCCUUCAGCAUCGUCACCGAGAACGUCCCCUGUGGGACCACAGGCGUCACCUGCUCUAAGGCCAUCAAGAUCUUCCUGGGGAGGACGGAGCUGAAGCUGGAGGACAAGCACCACACAGUGAUCCACCGCGACGUGGGCCACCACGUAGCCUACACCACGCGGGAGGUGGGCCAGUACCUGGUGGUGGAGACCAGCACCGGCAUCAUCGUCAUCUGGGACAAGAGGACCACCAUCUUCAUCAAGCUGGCCCCCUCCUACAAGGGCACCGUGUGCGGCCUGUGCGGGAACUUCGACCUGCGCUCCAGCAACGACUUCACCACGCGGGACCACAUGGUGGUGGAAAGCGAGCUGGACUUCGGGAACAGCUGGAAGGAGGCCUCCACCUGCCCGGACGUGACCACCACCCCUGAGCCCUGCACCCAGAACCCGCACCGCCGCUCCUGGUCCGAGAAGCAGUGCAGCAUCAUCAAGAGCGACGUCUUCGCCGCCUGCCACAGCAGGGUGGACCCCAAGCCCUUCUAUGAGGCCUGCGUCCAGGACUCCUGCUCCUGCGACACGGGCGGGGACUGCGAGUGCUUCUGCUCUGCGGUGGCCUCCUAUGCCCAGGAGUGCAUCAAAGAGGGCGCCUGCGUGUUCUGGAGGACACCGGACCUGUGCCCCAUAUUCUGUGACUACUACAACCCUCCUGACGAGUGUGAGUGGCACUACGAGCCUUGCGGGAACCGCAGCUUCGAGACCUGCAGGACCAUUAACGGAAUCCACUCCAACAUCUCCAUGUCCUACCUGGAGGGCUGCUACCCCCGGUGCCCUGGGGACAAGCCCAUCUAUGACGAGGACCUGAAGAAGUGUGUCAAGGAAGACCAAUGUGGCUGCUAUGUGGAGGGCACCCCCUACCCACCUGGAAAGCCCGUUCCCCCCAAGGACGACUGCCAUUCCUGCGAGUGCACCACCAACUCGUCAGUUGUCUGCUGGCCGGAGGAAGGGAAGAUUCUCAAUUACACCCAGGAUGGCUCCUUCUGCUACUGGGAGUUCUGCGGCCCCAACGGGACAGUGGAGAAGCACUUUAACAUCUGUGUGAUCACCACCACCCCUGUCUUGCCCCCCUCAACCCCUACCACCACCACCACCACCACCACCACCACCACCACCACUGAGACACCAACUCCAACAACCACGAGCACA